AUGGAGACUACGCAGAAUACAACAGCACAGGCGGCACGAACUCUUUGGCAAUUCGCACAAGUUUGGUUUCAGGAAUUCCCAGAGUACAAUACCGAGGACAAGGAAAUCUCCCUUUGGGGUACAUCAUACGGCGGGUUCUGGGGAACCGGAUUUUUCUCACACGUUGUUGAUCAAAACAAGUUGGUAACCUCAAAACGACAUCAGAAUGUCAAUGCCACGGUGCUCCCUCUUGGGACUUUGGGCAUAGGGAAUGGCUGCAUUGAUACAGAGGCGCAAGCUUCCAGCUAUCCCAAUAUUGCAUACAACAAUACAUAUGGCAUCGAGUCUUACCCGGAGGAAGUGUAUGAUCUUGUCGUAGGCAACCUCACAGCCCCCGAUGUGGGCUGCUAUGAUACAAUCAGGCAAUGCAGAGCUCUGAGAGCUGAAGGGGACCCUACCGGACAAGGCACAAAUCAGACUGUGAAUGAGGCUUGUCAGGCUGCGUCUGCUGUGUGCUUCGGUGUUGUCUUGGGAUCUUACGUUCUUACUACCAAUCGGUCUCAAUUCGAUCUGACCCACCUGAGAAUAACGUCAGACAUCUCCAAUUAUUUUGAAGGCUUCUUCAACCAGAAAUGGGUCCAAGAGGACCUUGGCGUUCGCGUCAACUUUACCAGCAACGAUUACUCGUACCAAGUUGCCAUGUUUCAGAUGACCGGAGACGCGAUGAUCCAGGACAAGUCAUUACUAGAGAACGUUCUCAACAGCGGUGCCAGUGUCGCCUUGGUCUACGGUGACCGUGAUUAUCAAUGCAACUGGAUCGGCGUCGAGAACAUUUCUUUAACUGUGGAAUAUCCUUCCGCGACAUCGUUCCGUUCAGCCGGCUACGCUGAUAUUGUAACAAACUCUUCCUACAACGGAGGCUUGGUCCGACAACACGGUAACGUGUCUUUCUCACGAGUCUUUGAGGCAGGCCACGCCGUGGCUGCCUAUCAGCCUGAGACCGUCUACCAGAUAUUUCAGCGAAGCAUGUUUGGCAAGGACGUUGCCACGGGUAAGGUCACAGCCGAUAACGACUACAGCUCCCAAGGACCACUCAGCAGCUGGGACACCAAAAACCAUGUGCCAAAUGUCACAGAUGCGAACCAGUGCUAUACGUAUGAAGCAUUGGAUACUUGCACAGAUGAGCAACUUGAGGCUUUGGCGGAUGGCUCGGCCGUGAUCAAAGACUUUAUCGUGCAAAGUCCUGGAGGAGCGAGGUUGGAUGCAAUCUCUGGAACCGCAGUGCCGGUAGGGACAAGCGAGUCAGGAAAUGGAAACAGCACGGGCACGGAUGGGGAGCCCAAUAUCGCCUCAGCCUUCUCUCCAGGAGGCGCCCAUUUUACCCUGGCGAUGGCCUCAAUAAUGCUUGCCUCCAUGUUGUUGGUCUAA